UAACAAAAAAGGAAGUUAAAAAUUCGGCGAAGCAAUUAUACGAUUUCGAAUCACUGGGAGAGGACCAAUCGGCAAACACUCGUGCGUCGUUUUUCAAAAAGUGAAAUGUGUCAGUGGUCGCACGGACGUUUACGAACAAAUCACUAAAAAAACAAACGCCAAAAAGCAACGAACACAAACAAAAACAAAAAUAAAAAAUAGAAAUGUGAAACAUUGAAAGAAAACACGAAGAUUAAAUAAUCUUUUUUGCUGCUGUUUUUAAAAAUAAACAGAGAACGUAACGAUUAAAUAAUUCUUUUUUGUUAUUUAAUUCGAUUCUAUUUUCCGCAAACAUAAAGUUGUGUGUUUAUGUGUGAGCAGCAGCAACGGCUGUGGCGUACAACGAAAACUAGAAAAUAGAGAUUUCAAAAAUUUGCUACAAUUUCGAAAAUACAAAUCGCGCGCACUUCUUUGCCAUUCGUGUGUACCUGUGCCAUCGGCACUCGGUUCGCAACCGAGUUGUUCUAGUCGAAAAUACGUCGCGAAACUGUUUGGUAAUAUUGAAAGCAAACUAUUUGUCGACCCAAUUGUGCAAUUUCUCGAUUGAAUAUUUAUACAAAAUUUAAAAAAAAAAAAUUCGUAAGAAAAUAGGACAAGCAAGUGAAAAUUGCUGCGACUUCUUCAAACUACUCGUGUUUCAACGUUAUAUUACUUUCGUGGUCAUUAUAUACGUGUUUAUACUCUGAUACUUUGGUGAUGUGAUAUUUAUUAAAUAAACCAAAAAAUAUUGCAUAUACUACACAUAAGUUAUAGUGCGGCACUGACAAAAUGGCCGCGCUAACGGUAUCCCGACGUAGGGAGGUGAUGCAAAAAGCCGGUUGGAAGAUCGACCAAAACGAUGAGGCUUGCUAUAUAGACAUAGAUGAAAGUGAAGAUGAAGAAUUGACUGAAAAUGACAAUAACUUUUCGAAAUGGCACACUUUACCGGAUAUACUGCUGGAGGAAAUUUUUUCAUAUUUAACCUACAGAGAACGGUACUAUGCUAGUUUGGUGUGUAAACAAUGGUACAAUGCUUUCUAUCUACCCCUGGUGUGGCACAACUUUCUGGUAGACGAUCGUACACUCACCCGCGCCAAAUACAACUACUACUCGGGCUGGCAAUAUUGUUUGGACCAUAUACGUACGCAGAAUUGUCUGUCACGAGUUGGUAAAUAUCUGCGCGGUUUGGAAUUCAGACCGGAGCAUAGCUUCAAUAAUAUCUUUCAAUUUAUGACAAUGCUUUCAUGGAGUAUGGACAAGGGCUCUGAGUUGAAAGCGCCAACGGAUCUCAAGAAUGUUGGCUCGCGCAUACGCUCACUUGUCUACGUAUUCCCCUGCAAUAUGUCGCAAGCCAACGAUCCGGAGGGCAUUAAGCUGUUCGGUACUGGCGGUCAACUGCUCAAAGGUCUCAAGGAACUCCUGUCCAAAUUGCGUAAUCUGCGUACCUUGAAAUUAAUCGAUUUUGUGCUGGAACGUUUCGAGGCGAAACAUUUACUCGAUGAGGUGCUGGAAGCUUGCUGCACGAAAAUGCGUGUACUGAAUCUGGUGAAUGUCACAACCACACACUGUCCCAUAAUGCACGUGGGGCUGUUUAUCAAUCUGCAGAUUCUGACGAUUUCGCCGCAAAACAUCGAUGAUGAUGCGCUGUUGCUUUUAGCCGAUACGAAAUUGAAACAUUUACAUUUGCUACAAAACCGUUAUACUUCCACUUACCUCUCGAUUUCGCCCUGUAGCGUGAAGGCGUGGCGACAGCUGAAACGUGACAAUCCGCGGCUAAAGGUGCAUCUGCGCGUAGAAUCAAUGGGCGAAGGCGAAGUUGUGUUCCAGCCAGAAGCGCCAGUACACAGUGUCACCUACGAAUCGCCAAAAUCAAAGAUCAAAACCGAUUUCGUACUACGCAUGGUGGACCACUAUAAAAACAAGCUCAGCGUUUACGGAUACGAAAUGCUACCGCGUUUUACCUGCCCCAAACCAUUUCACAAUCGUGUCGACAGUCUGAUGCUGCUGAUCGCUCGUCAGUGUUUCAAUCUGCAUACACUGUACGUACGCGAGAAAGUGUCCACCUCCACUGUGCUGUUGAUCGCGCGCACCGCCAAGAAUCUGCGUCGCCUCCAUGUGCGUCGCUUUGCGGUCAUCAUACGCUGCGAUUGGCCACGACAUCCCGAAUGGACCGAUGAGUUCUAUUUAUGGCUGCGGCACACGUCACGUUCCUAUGAGGCGGUGGAACGUGAAGUGUCGCAAAUGCUCGGCUACGAGUGGCAUUUCCUAAGCGACAGCGACUACAAGCAGCUGCAGGUGGAUGUACAAAGAGCGGCGUGAGUUGCGAGACGUGAGAAAGUGUGAUAUUAAAUACAUAUGUACAUAGUUACAUACAUACAUGUGUAUGUGUGUGUUUGUGCCGAAGUGCUUGCUCAAAUGCAUACGCAUAGCUGUUAAUUGUUUUCUAUUUAUUAAUUUAUUAACAAAAAAAAUACAACAAUAAAAUUGUUGAAAACUUAA